CCCAUUGGUGCCUCGUGCGGUCGUCGUGCUCCCUGUAUACUCCCCACAAUUUCCACACACACACCGUGGGGUGGGGUUUAGAGAGUGAAAGAGAGAGAGAGAGAGAGAGAGAGAGAGAGAGAGAGAGAGAGAGGUUUAGAGAGAGAGAGACAGAGAGAGGAAUCAAUGGAGGGUGAGAGGGAGAAGGUGACGGAGGAGACGAGGGGGUCGAGGUUUCGAAGGAUCUGCGUGUAUUGUGGGAGCGCUUCGGGGAAAAAGGCGAGCUACAAAGAAGCCGCAGUGGAGCUGGGGAAGGAGCUGGUGGAGAAGGGCAUAGACUUGGUGUAUGGAGGAGGGAGCAUUGGAUUGAUGGGCCUGGUCUCUCAUGCAGUUCAUGAUGGGGGGAGACAUGUCAUAGGAGUUAUUCCAAAAUCUCUGAUGCCAAGGGAGGUAACCGGAGAGCCUGUGGGAGAAGUUAGAGCUGUCUCAGGAAUGCACGAAAGGAAAGCCGAGAUGGCUCGCAACGCAGAUGCUUUUAUUGCGCUGCCUGGUGGAUAUGGAACUCUCGAGGAAUUGCUCGAAGUCAUCACCUGGGUUCAGCUGGGCAUCCACAAGAAGCCGGUCGGUCUUCUAAACGUUGAUGGAUUCUAUGAUUCGCUCUUGUCAUUCAUUGAUCUGGCGGUCGAGGAGGGCUUUAUAACCCAAGCCGCGCGCCGAAUUGUCAUCUCGGCCUCAACUGCAAAGGAAUUAGUGAGCAAGAUGGAGGAAUAUGUUCCGGAGUAUGAAACAUCUUUGGUUUGGGAUGCGGAGCAGAAGACACUUAACUAUGUUCUGGAGCGCGAGUCCGGUGUAGCUUCCUAAUCAUAUAACCUGCUGUUCCUGAAGUGGCUCUCUAACUGAUAAAAUACAAUACUCUUUAUAUGUAGAAAAACCAUAGAUCCUAGGAUGAUAAUUAUAUAUAUAAAUAUAAGUAUGUAACUCUUCAGGCUUUGACUAGUCGCACAGAUCUUAAUGGAAUAUCAUCUGUGUUCUUUUGAAUCCUCUCUCUCUCUCUCUCUCUCUCUCUCUCUCUCUUUAAUAUGUAUGUGUGUAUGUAUGUUGUUGGGUCUCAUGAUCAGAUUCUUCUCUAAACUGAUCUAUCAUUCCCUCUCAAGUAUACAUGUACUCGGCAAAAACGUACUAAAAACGUAUGGAUUGUUGUAGUUUUAAUGA